AUGCGCAGUGGAACUCGAAAGAGACUAUAUCUUGAAUUCUGCCAUGGUUCCAACUGCGCUUGGGAGAAUAGGCUAUACCCAUCCGGAGAUCUGGAAAUAGGACCAGAUGACCGCAGCUCUGGUAUCACAAAGGAUGAUUUCGAGGGCGGAGUUUUCUAUUACAAUUGGCCUCCCGGAUCAACAACCUGCGUUACCAUGAUAGUUGACCUUACCACAUUCACCUUUGAAUGGAGCAUCACAUCACCCGACUCACUGUAUUAUCCUGGUCGACAUGCGGGUACGAUCGUCGUCUCUCCCCACUAUCCGUUUCAGGAUAGAGGCAUAGUAGUGCGUCCAACAUGGAUGACACCCCGUCUUUGUCCAUUUGUCUCUUCGAACGGCUUUCUCUGCCCUGCAUCUGGGAAUUGGGGCGAUAUUUGGACCCCAGCUAUGAAACUUGACGAACUCACCUCGACCUUGGCCUCUAUUAUACACUACGGACCAUUACUGGAAAGGAUGCCACCAUCAAUCCAACAGAGAUAUAUCGCAUUGCAGCCUUUUGAUCAACGGGCUUGGAUUUACAUGACGAAAGAAGCGUGGUUUCAAAAUGCAACAAACUUCUUUUGCCGUGCAUAUAACAUGGACACCUCGGCAUUGGAAGACGGUUCAGAUUCCGAUGAGAUGAGCUCGGAGGUGGGCUCGGAGGAUAGUGAGUUUAUAAAUUCCGAAGCUACGGAUGAUCUGCUCCGUAGCUCUAUCAAUGCGAUUGGCGAAUUGCUGCUGUACACACGAGGUAGUCGAGAUGUGCCACCAGAGCUGAAUCCUGGAGGUCUGAGAGCGAACAUGAGCUUGGAAGAAUGUUUUUCGAGUCAGAGGGUAAAGACCAGGAAGAAUUGGAUGAUAGAAGAGAGGAUCUGGGCGAAUGCUUUGGCCCAAGAUUAUCGAGUGAAGACACAUGGAUACAGCUUCCGGUACUAG